AUCUAUCAUGCUACACAUAUCCCAUUAUUUGUAUCAAAAGUAGGAAAGUCACAUUCUUUAACUCCACCACUGGAAUCGAAACAACAUGCAUCAAUAAAAUUAUUGAUUGUACAGCCGCAGGGAGUUUUACGUGGACAACAUGGAGGAAUUGCGCAGGUGGAAGGUGUUGGAGAAAUGCAUUCAGUUUGGAUGAGG